AUGGAGAAUCGGAAAGAGUUUUUGGCGCGGCGAGGUGAUCAGCCUCCUGAAAGGAGGCUUCGGGAGAACUUGGCCGAUUUAUUCCUUUCCGGGGAAGUGAGUGGCAAGCGGGCUCGUAGCUUGUUUGAAGACGCCGUGUCUGCAAAUGCGACGAACGUUCAAGACCUCGCACAGGGAUCUACUGAUCAUAAUGCACAUCGAGAUGUUCUUCGCAAAUUGCUUGCUGGCACCAAAUGGCCCAACUUGUUUCAGUUGCCUCUGCCAAUAUACAACCCGAAAACAGACAAGCAAGAUGUCGCACACGUCUACAUGAUGCUGCCUCAUGAAGUGUUGCAUGCUUUGGCUCGCUGGUCUGACUCCCUGGGCAGUUUGGCUUCGACUGAACAAUUAAGGCCCGAGCUGGCGACCAAGCUACAACGAGCUCGUCGUUUCUUGCAACAGAGUACAACCGGCUCUAGCAGUUCAGCAGCCGAGCCACCCACGACAGUUGGCAUUGGUUUAUGGGCCGAUGGAGUGCCCAUAAAGGGCGACCGAAGCGAAUCGCUGGAGAUGCUGUCCAUGAGUUUACCAGGAUUGCAAAACUCCAUCCGAAUUCCUCUUACCUGCCUCAACAAGAAGUAUUUCCUCAAGUCUGGCGAAACAUGGGAUGCUUUGUUCAAAGCCGUGGCAUGGUCUUGCCAUUGCAUGUUUGCCGGCUCUUUUCCGGCUUGUACUUGGGAUGGCCAUGCUUUAACUGGCCAGAGGGCUGGCCUGGCAGGUCGUUCGCUGCUUGUCCAUGGGGUUCUCCUUGAGAUUCGUGGCGACUGGGCCAUGCUCAAAGCAUCCUUUCGUACGCCGUCAUGGAGCUCCAAGCGGAAUUGCUGUUUCGUCUGCAAGGCCAACCCUGACAACAUGAGGGAUGUCAGCCCUCGUGCAGCUUGGCGGGCAGAGAUGUGGAGCAAUGCCGAGCUCUUGGCAGAAAUGUUGGAGUUGCAUGGGGUGUACUCGCCAAUUUUCGAGGCACCCUUCGUGGACAUCCAUACAUUCUGCAUUGACUGGCUGCACUGCUGUGACCUUGGCGUGUGCCAGGACUUCAUGGGAAACGCGAUGUUUCUCAUCAGCCAGAAGCUGGCCGGCAAUGCAGAUGAACGAGUUCGAGCACUCUUUGAGGACAUUCGUGGCUUCUACCGGGCAACAGACUGCCAAGAUCAAUUGGGAACACUCACUCAAUUGAUGAUUCGCAAAAAGGCCUCGAAAAGUCCGAAGCUUCGUUCAAAAGCUGGAGAAGCUAGGGCUCUGGUCCCGUGGCUAGUGGUGGCAUGCGACAGAUAUCUGCAAGGCUUUGGCAGUUCCUCUGAAGAAGAAACCUGUCGCAUAGCUGCAAAGCACUUGCAGGGUUGCUACGAGAACCUGUCUCAGGAUCGCUUUGAUGCCGACCAGUUGGCUUUUCACUGUCGUCAGUUUUUGCAGCUUUACACGGCUUUGGAAUCUGCUGUUGAGGACAAUCGCUGGAGGUACAAGCCCAAAUUUCACGUUUGGUUACACCUAUGUGAGAUGGCUUCGAGCUCUCCAGUUCUUUUCUGGGUAUACCGUGACGAGUCCUUCGGGGGAACGAUUGCUACCCAGUCCCGUAUGCGAGGUGGCAAAGAAGGCCCCGAGCCAAUGUCAAAAAACUUGCUUAACAAGUUCAGAGCCCAGCACCUGGUCCCUCAGCUGUGA